CUUGCUGAAAAUCAGUAAUCAGGGGAUUGGGCUCUGUAAAGAGGUGACAGUACCUAUACUUGCUCAACUGAAAGAUGAAGUGAACAGAGCUGCUGCAGAACUGGAAAGGAGAAAACCAAAGAAGGUGUCUUUGCCACAUACAGCCAGUUCAUCCAGCGGGCUUGGGCUACAAGAGAAAAGAAAGCGCAAGGGGCCUUUGACAGCACUUGAAAAAGCUUGGGCUUUGGACCUUCGCAACCAGUUAGAUGCUACAAUUGCAAGAAUGUUUUAUUCUGCAGGCUUGUCUUUCAAUGUCACAAGAAACCCACACUAUCAAGAAUCAUACACCUUUGCUGCAAACCAUAGCAUUUCAGGCUAUGUUCCUCCUGGAUACAAUAAAUUGAGGACCACUCUUCUUCAGAAAGAAAGGGCUCACAUUGAGACCUUACUGUAAAGGACCAAGAGCACAUGGUCUGAAAAGGGUGUGACAAUUUGUUCAGAUGGAUGGUCAGAUGCACGAAGAAGACUUCUCAUCAACUUCCUUGCAAUUUCAGAGGGUGGUCCUAUGUUUCUGAGAGCUGUCAAUGCUGAAGGAGAGAUAAAGUCAAAGGAAUACAUUGCUGAGAAGCUGAUUGCUGUUAUUGAAGAAGUGGGCUCAAGAAAUGUUAUCCAGGUAAUCACUGACAAUGCAUCCAAUUGCAAAGGUGCUGGAUUGAUUGUUCAGCAGAAAUAUGAUCAUAUAUUCUGGACUCCUUGUGUUGUCCACACUCUCAAUCUUGCUCUGAAGAGUAUUUGUGCUCCUAAAACACCACGGACAGAAGAGGAUGAAGUUAUCUUUCAGGAGUGUCAUUGGAUUAGUGAAGUGGCUGCGGAUGCUAAUCAUAUUAAGAACUUCAUCAUGAAUCAUGGAAUGAGGUUGUCUAUGUUCAAUGAGUUCAGUAAGCUGAAGCUGCUUGCGAUUGCAGAUACUAGAUUUGCCUCAGUUGUGGUGCAGCUAAAGAGGUUUUGUAUGGUCAAGAGGGCCCUUGAACAGAUGGUGAUUAGUGAGAAGUGGGAAAGCUACGGGGAUGGUCCAGAACGUGGAACAGCAGAAUUUGUGAGGGAGAAAGUGCUCAGUGCAGUCUGGUGGCGCAAAGUGAAGUACAUUGUUGAUUUCACCGAACCAAUCUAUGAAGUGCUGCGAGUAGCGGACACAGACACACCAUGUCUCCAUCUUAUUUAUGAGAUGUGGGAUUCUAUGAUUGAGAAGGUGAAAAAAACCAUAUAUCAGCAUGAAGAUAAGGAGGAAAGCGAAGAGUCCACUUUCUACGAUGUUGUUCAGAGCAUACUAGUUAACCGUUGGGCUAAAGCCAACACUCCACUUCACUGCUUGGCACAUUCACUCAAUCCAAGGUAUUACAGUGAGCAGUGGAUCAAUGGAGGUGUUGGUCAUGUUCGUCCACACAAAGAUGCUGAGAUAUCACAAAUGAGAAUGAGCUGCUUCAAGAAGUCAUUCCCUGCAGCUGAAGAUCUGAAGAGAGUCAAGGAAGAGUAUACUAGAUUUUCCACUUGCACAGGAGAAUUCAAUGACUAUGAUUUGAUCUAUGAUAGAUGGAUCCUUGAUCCCUUGAAUUGGUGGGUGAACUAUGGUCAGUCUACUCCCUUGCUGCAGAACUUGGCUAUCAAAUUUGUCAAUCAGCCUGCCUCUUCUUCAUGCUGUGAAAGGAAUUGGAGCACCUACAACUUUAUCCACAGCAUGAAAAGGAAUCAGUUAGCACCUGAGCGAGCUGAGGAUUUGGUUUUUGUCCAUAACAAUCUAAGGUUGAUGUCGAGAAGGACAGAGUCCUACAAAACUGGUGCAAAUAGAAUAUGGGAUGUAGGAGGUGAUGGCUUCGAAUCCUUUUCUGGUGUUGGGAUUUUUAGAAGUUGCUAGCCUCUCACUUGAUGAACCAGAGAUGGAGGCUAUAUCUUUUGAAGAGCAAGUACAAGAUGGGAAUGCAGAAGAGGGAGAAGACAUUGCAGUUGAAGAAGCCUGAGCUCUGAGGAAGAAGUUAUCUUAUUGCUGUCUUUUAUUUAAUUCAGAACCUUGGCUUGUAAUAAUAACUUUGAUUGAACUCAUGUACGUUGUAGUGCUGUACUGCUGUUGUGUUCUAUUGCCGUGUGGUUGACUGCUUGCUUAGAUUCGAAUUUGGACGUUAGAACCAUAUUUUACUUUGCUUUAUGUGCUGUUGAUUGCUAUUUUAUUAUUUUUAUUUUUAUUUUAUUUUAUCUUACGUAUCACAGUGUCGCUGUUUUUUCAAAAAUGACGAAUCGCCGUGUCCGACGCGUAUCGUGUCCGACUCGCGUGUCGGAAUCGGGGUAAUAUAGCUUGUAU